GAAACCAAGGCCUCCAAAGAGCUGGCCACUUUGAAGCGGCUCGUCGGACAGCUUCCUGAAUUGCGCCAACUUCAUGCGUCGGCCAGUCAGCACAUGGACCUGGCUGAAGUCCUCCAAGAGUACGCUGGCUCCGAGGAAUUCUUGACUGACUUUCGCACUCAACAAGAUUUCUUGGCCGGUUUUGAAACAGACAAGGCGCAUCCUCUCAUUGAGCAGCGUAUCCUACAGCUCGCUCCAAUUGAAGAGCACAUUUGUUUCAUUUUUGCCUAUGAGAUAAACAUGUAA